CAUUGGCAAAGGAAAGUCCGGUACAAAGUUGGGCCUUAAAAGUUAGUCUGUUUUUCCUGACAUUCAACAGAAGGAGCGUUUCUUCUAAGAUGUCUGAGCAAUAUACAAGGUACAAAGGGAUUCUCUUCCCUUCUUUCUACUGUACUAUGGAAUCUCUCAGUUACGCAGAGAAUGAGUUUCAGGUUAGAGAUGAUGACAUCUUCAUUGUUACAUAUCCAAAAUCAGGGACCAACUGGAUGAUAGAAAUCUUAAGUCUGAUUUUGAAAAAUGGAGACCCAACAUGGUGCCAGACAGUGCUAAUCUAUGACAGAUCCCCAUGGUAUGAAGUGUGUAUUACAAAAGAGAUCUUAGAAAACAACUGCUCACAGCGACUCAUCACCUCUCACCUUCCAAUCCAUCUUUUUGCUAAGUCCUUCUACAACUCCAAAGCAAAGGUUGUUUAUGUGGCUCGAGAUCCAAGAGAUACUUUAGUGUCGCUUCAUUACUUUUACCAUAUCUCUGUAUUCUUGAAAGAUCCUGAGAAUUUCCAGGAAAGUCUAGAAAACUUCCUGAAAGGGGAAGAAGUAGAAGAUCACGUACGUUAUCACACGUACUCCACAGACACAGUGAGAAGGAGUAUCGUGCUCGUGUGGCAGACUGAUGUGCUGCAUUUGAUGAAGGAACUGAAGUGUUUUCUGUUUUUUGAAACAGGAGUUUCUGGUGACUGGAAGAACCAUUUCACUGUUGCCCAGAGUGAACUUUUUGAUGCUGUUUACAAGGAGAGGAUGAAAGAUAUAAAUAUGAAGUUUAUCUGGGAUUAGAUUUUUAUCAUGAAAGGCUGGUUCCGUAUUUGGGACAGUUAUACUGAAAUGGCAUAUGGUGCAUUAUGACAUCUCACACUGAUAUCUUAAAAAGAGAGCUAAAACAGACUGUAAUUUAUGAAGAUAUUCUUGGUUUAAACCUUCAGUGUAGGUAUAUUUUAUAAAAUGUUCUGCAUUUUAUGAGAAAGAUAACUUACGGUGAUAAAGAUUGUAUUUAUGUAUAUGUUUGUGUUUUAUAAUUGCACGCAUUUCACAUGGCUGUAAAACUAUGAUUCAUGGCAGUAUUUAAAGAGCAUUGAGACUUUGAGAGUCUUUCUCAGUGUUUAUAGGAAAACAAUAUAAUCAGACAUGAUGUAUUAGUGGGAGAGCAAAUGUAGUGGAAGGAA